AUGACGAUAAAACCAUGUUGUGUUCUUGUUGUAGGUAUGGCAGGAUCAGGAAAAACAACUUUUUUACAGAGAUUAAACGCUCAUAUACGGAGUAAAGAACAGAUUCCAUAUAUUGUUAAUCUUGACCCAGCAGUUUUGUCUGUGCCGUAUAAUGUGAAUAUUGAUAUCUGUGAUACCAUUAAUUAUAAAGAAGUGAUGAAACAAUACAAUCUUGGUCCUAAUGGUGCUAUUCUUACGUCAUUGAAUCUCUUUGCUACAAAGUUUGAUCAAGUACUUUCAAUUCUUGAAAAACGAUCAUCAUCGUAUUUUUAUAGGCAUAUUCUCUUUGAUACGCCUGGGCAAAUUGAAAUAUUUACAUGGUCUGCUUCUGGAUCAAUUAUAACAGAUGCCUUAGCAUCGUCAUUUCCGACAUGUAUUGCAUACAUUAUUGAUACUGUACGUUCUAGAUCUUGUACAACGUUUAUGAGUUCAAUGCUGUAUGCAUGUUCAAUUCUUUAUAAGACAAAAUUGCCUCUUAUUGUAGUAUUUAAUAAAACUGAUGUGCAAGAUGCAACAUUUGCAAAGGAAUGGAUGACUGAUUUUGAGACUUUUCAAUCUGCACUUUCAAGGGAUGAAGGAAAUAUGGAAGGCGAAGGUGGAUCUGGCUACAUGUCUAGUUUGAUGAAUAGUAUGAGUCUUAUGCUCGAGGAAUUUUAUCGCCAUUUAGACGUGGUUGCUGUUUCUGCCAUUACAGGAUUAGGGAUGGAUGAUUUUUUGGAUGCUAUUAAACGAAAAGUGGAGGAAUAUGAAUCUAAAUAUCGUCCUGAGCUUGAAAGACUUAUUAAAGAGCGAGAUGAUAAAAGUAAAAAAGAAAAAUUAAAGCAUUUGAAUCGUCUUAUGAAAGACAUUGAUAUUAAUGGAGAAGAAGUUCGUGUAGGAGUUCAAGCACAAACAGUAUCGGAUAUUGAAGACGAAUCUGAUGAAGAUGCUCAAGGUAUCAUUGAUACGGAUACUAUAGACACAACAGAAAGGUCAAGAGAAGACUUUAUAAAAUAG